CAAGCACUCGAUAAGCUCUUUUAGGUUAUGUUAUUGUAUGCAGAUCUACUUAAAGCAAAUACACGUGUUUUAAAGUAAAAAAAAAAUGGAUAUGGAUUUAGAAUUGAAUGAUUUUGAAAAAAAUUUGGUAUACACAAUUAAAGUUAGCAGGGAAGAUCGCGAUCGCGCUAUAAUUGAUAAUCAGUUUGCAAACUCCUUAUUAUUUCACGCACGAAUCAUGAAUAGAAUAUCUGGAAGCAACGAUAAAGGUCCUAGUGAGAUAGUAUUAAAUGAAGCUGGUGGGACUUCUAGUACAUCAAAUUUUCCAGAGGGACUAGAUGAUGAUGAUGAGUCGCUAAAUGACAUUGAGGCCAUUUGUGAAAACGUGUCACGUGAAAGCCUUCCAUCCUGCUCGAACACAAAAAUAAUGAACAUUUGGUCAUACCAACAAACAACACAAUUGAUAUCCUCUAUGGCAUCAUAUUAUCCUGACUUUAAUGAUCCCAGACAACGGAAACACAUUUUUGAGCACAUUGCCAAUGAUUUAAUUAGUGCUGGUUUUGAGGUAAAUGAUCAAAUGGUGAUGAGGAAAUGGAAAAGCUUAUUACGUUCAUAUAAUAAAGCUAAAGACAAUAAAAACCGUACUGGUAGAGGUCCAUCAAAGUUUUUAUUUUAUGAAUCCAUUGAUGAGGUUGUUGGCAAUCAACCGAAAAAUAAAUGUGACCAUUCUCUAAAUAGUUUAGAUGUCACUGUGGAAAAUGAAGGCAGUCAAUCAGUACCAGAAGAAAUAAAUGAUAUCGAUGAUAAUGGUGUUGAAGAGGAACAUGGCUGUGAGGAAAUAAAUAGAACCGUAAAUCAAAAUGGAGAGAAAAAUGCUGUGUCACCAGAAAAAAAGAAAAGGCGCUUAAGUGAUAAACAAAUUAAAAAGGAAUACGUGGAAAUGAAAAAAAAAGAAUACGAAAAACGUCAAAAAAGGCAUGAUGAUAAAAUGAAAAUCGAAACAGAAAGAAAUGAAUUAGAAAGAAGGAAAGUUAUGUUAUUAGAAAAAUAUUUAAGUGGAAAAGAAUAA